CUUCACUGUUCUUGCACGAAAAGGGAUCUGGGGUGACAGGAAAGUGAUGACUCAUCUGACAUCUGGUUGAAUCCUUUUUAUUUGCCCUUUUGUUGGCCUUAGGCUCUGAUCCUGGGAACAUCCGUGUUGCAUUUGGGAAUGUUUUUAUUUCACAGAAGACACACGUGGAUUGCAGUGGGACUCUGAUGAUUUAAAGGUCUGAUGCGUGUGGCUGUCUGAUAGCUCUCUGUUUUCCACAAUCCUUUGACUAGAAAAAGAAAUCAAAGUGUGUUUUAAUCAUGCUGACCAGCCAGGGACAGGUACCUCUUCCCUUUGGUUUGUGUCUCUGGUUCUGUGUCUUCGUGCCUUGCUUGAAAGGUUCUGCCGCCUGUGCCUCUGAAGAGAGACUCUUCCACAAACUGUUUUCUCAUUAUAACCAGUUCAUCAGGCCUGUAGAAAACGUUUCUGAUCCCGUCACGGUGCAUUUUGAAGUGGCCAUCACACAGCUGGCCAACGUGGAUGAAGUCAACCAGAUCAUGGAAACCAAUCUGUGGCUACGUCACAUCUGGAAUGAUUAUAAAUUGCGCUGGAACCCAAUGGAAUAUGAUGGCAUUGAGACUCUACGUGUUCCUGCGGAUAAGAUCUGGAAGCCAGACAUUGUUCUCUACAACAAUGCUGUUGGUGAUUUUCAAGUUGAAGGCAAGACAAAAGCUCUCCUUAAAUAUGAUGGCAUGAUAACCUGGACCCCACCAGCUAUUUUCAAGAGUUCCUGUCCUAUGGAUAUCACUUUUUUCCCUUUUGAUCAUCAAAAUUGUUCUCUGAAAUUUGGUUCCUGGACAUAUGACAAAGCGGAAAUUGAUCUUCUAAUCAUUGGAUCUAAAGUGGAUAUGAAUGAUUUUUGGGAAAACAGUGAAUGGGAAAUUAUUGAUGCUUCUGGUUACAAGCACGACAUAAAAUACAACUGUUGUGAGGAGAUAUACACAGAUAUAACCUAUUCUUUUUACAUUAGAAGAUUGCCAAUGUUUUAUACCAUUAAUUUGAUCAUCCCCUGUCUCUUUAUUUCAUUUCUAACUGUGCUGGUCUUUUACCUUCCUUCUGAUUGUGGUGAGAAGGUGACACUUUGUAUUUCAGUUCUGCUUUCUCUGACUGUGUUCUUGCUCGUAAUCACGGAAACCAUCCCGUCCACAUCUCUCGUGAUCCCACUGGUGGGUGAAUACCUGCUGUUCACCAUGAUCUUUGUCACCCUGUCCAUUGUGGUGACCGUGUUCGUGUUGAACAUACAUUUUCGCACCCCAACAACACACACCAUGCCCAAGUGGGUGAAGAUGGUUUUCCUCCAGCUGUUACCCCAGAUCCUGAUGAUGAGGAGACCUCUGGACAAGAAGAGGGAGAUGAGUUCUGAUAAAAACUCCAAAGGCAUUUCCAGUAGGUCCACCAAAGUCAACUUUGACCAUCGCAGAGAGACCAAACUUCCUACGGCAUGUUGCCGCUGUCCGAAGUCAACUGAGCUUGCCACCGGCAAGAGAAGAUUAAGCCAUCAACCUUUACCAUGGAUGGCUGAGAGUUCAGAGCCCUCACCUGAUGUCGAAGAUGUAAUUAAUAGUGUUCAGUUCAUAGCAGAAAACAUGAAGAACCAAAAUGAAACAAAGGAGGUAGAAGACGACUGGAAAUAUGUAGCCAUGGUGGUGGACAGGGUCUUUCUUUGGGUAUUUAUAAUUGUCUGUGUGUUUGGAACCGCGGGGCUCUUUCUGCAGCCGCUGCUGGGGAACACGGGAAAGUCUUAAGGAUGUAUUUUCCUUUUAGCUUUUGAACCUUACAGAUGCUGUAUUUGUUCCAUGCUCCGACCAUCAGGAAAGGGACGUAAAGGUUUCUGUCCAAGUCCCCCAUUUACUGAAGCUGAUGGCUAGAUGGAGAAAGAGGACUUUAUUGCAAAUCAGGAGGCUAAAUGCCCUCCUUUGUAGCACAGGGGAGUGCCUAAAGAUGUUUUAUAAUCCUGGAGCCCAGAGUUGGCAGCAUCCACAGGCUUCUCUUUUCUGGAUACGUCUGACUUCCAGGAGCAUGAAUGACCAUGAAAUCAACCAUGUAAUCAACAUCAAACCACAGUAGAACAGAGUACUCUAGUACCUCCAGUUUCCACUGCUUAUCAUCAGACAUGGAGCUCCAGCUUGUGCCUUGCGAGCUCCUGUAGCGCUGGGGAACUAUUACACGCUUGCUUCCUUAGGCAUGCCUCUGGGAUGUACUUAGACAUGUCAACAUUAUUUGAUAUAUUAAUAGGCAAAAAGUAAUAGAUCAUCAGGGUCUAACCCAGCAGGCUGCAUUAAUUAGCCUUCAUCUGACAAGAAACUUAAGUGGUAACCCAGCACUGUGCUAGGCAUGGCAAAGGCUGCCAUUCCCAAGUGCUUGCAGCUUUUUCAGAAAAGUCAUAAACACAGAGAUCUCUAGGACCAGGCAGUGCAUGGGGAAUGUGCCUAGAGCAGCCAGAGUGGGACAGCAUGACGUGUUGUGGCUGUGAAGGACCUUUUACUGAGGGUUAAAGAUGUGGCUGUUCUUGUCCGCUGUUUCUGUCUGUUAGUUGUAGCUAAGGCUCCAAAUAAAGUUAUUUCUUCUGUAAGACAUUGUGUUCUGGUACCUUUUGGAGCAAUACCAUCUCUGAGAGGGACACUUUGGGAUUUCUGUUUCAUUCCACUCUAAUUUAUCUUCAUGUUUGUUGUAUAAAUAUUAUUGUAAU